CCAUGGCUCCCACCAGUCACGUGCCCAGUGAUCUUCACCCGCUGCAACCCCAGGACAUAUACAACAAUCCUGCCUACGAGAAUCUCUUCCCCGCCGGUGAACAGCCUGCCGCUCAGCAGCCCUGGACAAACUCCCACCUCGGCCAUGCUGGUCUGAUGCCCAACCCCGGUACACAACACUACCACUUCAACUCCUACCUACAACAGUCUCAACCGCAAUCACAACCUCGACCUCAACACCAACCGGCACAACAGCAGCAACAACCUCAACCUCAAUCUCAACCUCAACCUCCAUCGCAGUCACAACCAUACACUUCGAUGAACCAACCUUACCCCAGUCACGCCCAGUUGCCGUACCAGUAUGGUCAAUUCGAGAAUCAUGGCUCCCUUAUCAACUAUGCUCACAAUGCAAACAUCGACCCUUCUCUGAAUGUUGACUCGAGUUUACUACGCCAACAGCAACACUCGCCAUAUACACUGGGUGUCCGGAACCCCCCACCGCAAACACAAGCCAGUACAGUGGCUCCACAAGCUCUUCAACAACAUAACUUGGCUGUCCAACCGCCACGAGCUGUUGGCUCGCCUUAUCCGGCUCCCAAGUCCACUACCCCAAAAAUCGCGCCCGAGGCCUUUCCAUCCCAAAGGCCUGUUCAGCCGGCAAUCUCUAACCCACCCAAGAAUCCAGAGUAUACUCUGCCGAAUCUUAAGAAAACGGGGGGUUUCAACCAUUAUGAUCAAUCUGCCCUGGCAAAGGCCACCAAUUCCACUCCAUUGAAUAAGUUCGUGACCAUUAGCAAUGUGCCGCAUUAUUAUGCAACGAAUAGAACUACAUUCCCACAAUAUGUGCCUCGCCAAUCAGUCAAAGACUUAAGGAAGGCGGGCGCGGACAACAAGAAGCUUCUUGCGAAGAAAACGACGGCAAAAUUGUUGUCAUCAGGAAAGACUAUUCAGAGAGACGUUAGUGACAGUGAAAGCUAUGACGAUUCCUCGGACGACAGUGAGUACAGCAGUGAGGAGGAGGAGGAGGAAGAACCUUCGCCUCUGCCGAGUUCUCGGCCUGAUGACACACAUGAAGCAACGAGGUACGAUGUCAUCAAGGCCACUUGGUUUCCCCGCAAGUCGCGGCCCAAUUCCGAGAAAAUCAAGCUUAGUCUACGUGACUUUUGGGAGAUUUGCAACACCAUUCAAAAACGGUGGCGGAAUGAUAGUAAAGCAGUCACGGAAGCGGAGGAGCAGAAGAAAAAGUAUGAAAUUCCCGAGCUCAAGAAGCGAGUGGCUGGUCAGAGGGCUCUUCUUAAAACCGCGCUGAGGUCCGCUCUGGAUUUCGCGCACCCUGACGUGCUUUACCAUAUUGGACAAGUGAAGCCUUUCCUUUACUUAUGCUAUCAAUUUCUCGCAAAUCGAUUCAAAAUGCAGGAUUACGAUGGAGAUGUGCCAGCUGCCAUCUACGAGGUCCUGGCCAAAUGCGUAGGCACCUUGAACACUGAAUUGCUCGAGCAGACCAAGUUGAUAAAAGCUCUCAAUUCCAUGAAGAAAAAUGCAAACGAGAGACACAAAUCGCUUAUUCAGGACAUCAUCAAUGGCGCGGCUGCGGGUUCUAAAAAACCCAAAGUAAGCCCGCCCCUUGUGAGUGAGACUGCCGCCGAGUCAAAAACCACCAAACGGCCAGCAGCACUACAGGGCACUGGAAAUGGCACACCAAAAAAAUUGAAGCCCGCCGAGUCGACAGCUAAUGGAGAAAAGAAAUCGAGCGCAAGCGUAGUACCGGUCAAGGCAGUGACAGCGGCAGCAUCGUCGCAAAAACGUCCCGGCGAAAAGGUUGCUCCAACAUCAGCUAAACCUCGAGGAACUCAGAUCGUCAACAAGCCAUCAGCCCUCUUUGCGUCUUUGACUGCUGCAAGUAAGAAGCCGACUUCGACCUCGACAUCAUCUUCUACCGCGACACCUUCUACCAAAUCCGCAGCUUCUGCAUCCAAAGACAAGAAGCCAGCUGCGGCAGCCAGUGCCAAACCCGCCUUCUCUUUCGCCGAAACUAUGGCCCAGUUGCUAAAACCCAAAGAAGAAGAGCCCGUCGCGCCAGUGAAGUCGGAGAAACAGCUUCCGCCAGAGACACCAGAAGAGAAAGCGAAGCGCCUGCGAAAGGAAUCGCGCCGCCAUCUCCGUGUGUCAUUCCGACCUGAUGCAUCAUUGGUCGCCAUUCGAUAUUUCAACCACGAUCCCGAGGAGGAAUCCGGCCACGAUGAGAACUUUGUGCGUGAUGCGGGUGACAUCGGAGGUGAAGGACGCAUGUUCAAGCAACACAAAGAGAUGAUGGACGAUGAGGAUGAGGAUGAGCUGGAAACAGAAUAUCUGACUUGGAAAGAACCAUCCGAAAUCGACUUUAGUAAUGUGAAUCCUGAAGAGCGCGCCCGUAACUAUGCGCCUUUCGGCGGAGGCCAGUGUGUUCCCACAUGCCCCGAAAAGGAAGCCAAUAUCCAGCAUGAGUUUACAACUUUGAUGAUUUUCUACGCCCAUCCUGGCGACAUUCCGUCAUCUCCUCGCGAACCGCUAGAGCAGCAAACCCGACCUUCACCAUCCGCGCCAGUCACCAAUUUUGGACAGCCACCCGAUUGGACUUUGAAGCGGGCGCAAACUUCGACACCAGCGGCCGCCUUGACCGAUUUCAGCAGCCUCGAAAACAUGAUAAAACAACUCUCUACACCUGCUGUCCCACAGCAGCCAACGGCGGAUCAAGCUAGCUAUACACCUCCCCUCGUAGCUUCGACUUCGGCUCCAACAACCUCAGUCUCUAUGCCAACAUCCGUUCCACCCGUCCCCGACCUCGCAGCGAUUCUUAGUGCCCUUGGUCAAGGUCAAACCCAAGCACCAGCACAACCACAGAUGACCUAUCCGACUUCCCAGCAACCUGCAGCGGCACCACUAGAUCUUAAUGCUAUCAUGGCGGCCGUGUCCGGAGGCAAUCCUGCAUUCCCACAAGUAGCUCCUCCUCCCCCUCAAGCGGGCUGGGCGGGAUUUCCCGGCUUUUCUCUUCCGCCAUCGGAUGCAGCCGCUGCUUACCAGCAGAAUCAGCCUCAACAGGCGCAACACACGCGCAAUGGGCACAAGCGCCAACGCGAUGAUAGUGUUGAUAACGAUCGAGACAACAAUCCCACUAAGAAAAAUAAAUUUGGGGGAUUCAUUCCCAAACGGCAUAAGGUUAUCCCCUGCAGGUUCUACGCAAAAGGCCAAUGCAAUAAGGGGGAUGAUUGCACGUAUAUUCACGAUACUACUUAG